AUGGGUCACGAAGAUGCUGUGUACUUGGCCAAGCUUGCUGAGCAGGCCGAGCGCUACGAGGAGAUGGUUGAGAACAUGAAGAUCGUCGCUUCUGAGGACCGUGACUUGACCGUUGAGGAGCGCAACCUCCUCUCUGUUGCCUACAAGAACGUCAUCGGUGCCCGCCGUGCUUCGUGGAGAAUCGUCACCUCCAUCGAGCAGAAGGAGGAAUCCAAGGGCAACUCUUCCCAGGUUGGCCUCAUCAAGGAGUAUCGCCAGAAGAUCGAGGCCGAGCUCGCCAAGAUCUGCGACGACAUCCUUGAUGUCCUUGACGCCCACCUCAUCCCCUCCGCCAAGUCUGGCGAGUCCAAGGUCUUCUACCACAAGAUGAAGGGUGACUACCACCGCUACCUCGCCGAGUUCGCCGUUGGCGACCGCCGCAAGGACUCCGCCGACAAGUCCCUCGAGGCGUACAAGGCUGCCACCGAGGUUGCCCAGACCGAGCUCCCCCCUACCCACCCCAUCCGCCUCGGUCUUGCCCUCAACUUCUCCGUCUUCUACUACGAGAUUCUCAACGCCCCCGACCAGGCUUGCCACCUUGCCAAGCAGGCUUUCGAUGAUGCUAUUGCCGAGCUUGACACCCUUAGCGAGGAGUCUUACAAGGAUUCUACCCUCAUCAUGCAGCUUCUCCGUGACAACCUGACCCUCUGGACCUCUUCCGAGGCCGAGCCCGCGGCGUCAGGCACUGCUGAAGCACCUGCCAAGGAGGAGGGUACCACCGCCGAGGCGCCGGCCGCCAGCACCUCUGAGGAGCCCAAGGCUGAGUAA